UCCUUCACUCAGGUGUGAUGAGUAGCUUUGGGCAGAUUAUUGAUGCCAUUGGGGAGUUUGGGCCCUACCAAAAGCGCCUGCUGGUAGCUAUGUGCAUUCCGAAUAUGUUCACUGCCUUCCAGAUGUUUGGGCAGGUGUUCAUGAUGCUUGAUGUGCCACAUUAUUGCAACACUAGCUGGAUACUUGUCCAGGGGCCUAACCUGACUCAGGAGGAGCAAAGGAACCUUACUGUACCAUGGCGGAAUGGGGAAUAUGACAACUGCCUCAUGUAUGUGCCAGUGGAUUGGGAUCUGGACUCCAUUAGAACCUAUGGAAUCAACAAGACCACCAAGUGCAAGGAAGGAUGGGUAUAUGAGGAACUGCCGGGCAGAAACACGAUGGUAUCUGAGUUUAACCUGGUGUGUGACAACAGUGUCCUAAAUGAGGUCUCACAAUCCAUCUACAUGGCUGGCCUCUUAAUUGGAGCCAUGGUUUUUGGUCCAAUGGCAGACAAGUUUGGACGUCGGACAGUGAUCCUGAUCUCCCUGAUUUUGCAACUGUUUUUUGGAGUGGGGGCAUCCUUUUCACCAAACAUCUAUGUGUACACGUUUCUACGAUUUGUGGUUGGGACAGCAGUUUCUGGAAUUAUAAUAAACACAUUUGUCCUAGGUACUGAGUGGUGCGGCCCUUCCAAGCGUUCCCUUUUCACUUUUGUGACCCAUAGCUGCUAUGCCUUCGGGCUCAUGCUGCUGGCAGGCAUUGCCUAUGGUGUGCGGCAGUGGAGAACUCUGCAGCUAGUUUUGAAUGUCCCUCUACUGCUACUUGGAGUCUACUUCUGGGUUCUUCCUGAAUCUGCACGGUGGCUUUUGACUCAAGGGAAAAAGGAGGAAGCCAGGAAGCUCAUCCUACAGGCAGCACAAGUUAACAAGAGGGAUAUCCAAGAAUCACUUCUUGAUAAAGUAGAGACUGAUGUGACAACCAAAACAAGCAACUUAUUGGAUCUUAUCCGAAUACCUUACCUGAGGAAACGUGCAUUUAUCAUGAGCUUUGUCUGGUUUGUGACCAGCUUAGUUUACUAUGGAGUGAGCCUAAAUGUUGGCAGCUUUGGCCUUGACAUUUACCUCACUCAGUUUAUCUUUGGCCUUGCCGAAAUACCUGCACGCUUAGGGUCCAUACCACUUAUUGAACACUUUGGAAGGAAGAUAUGUCAGAGCAUGGUGCUAAUCUUCGGAGGGAUCGUAUGUCUUCUUCUUCUGGUUGUUCCUGAAGGAUUGCCUGUAGUGGUGACAAUCUUAGCUGUAAUUGGAAAGUUUACUCUUGCUGCUUCUUUCUCCACUGCCUACAUAUAUUCUGCAGAACUAUAUCCAACAGUUGUCAGGCAAAAUGGUGUGGGCAUGAACUCCAUGGCAGCCAGGGUGGCUGGCAUUUUGGCACCUUUGAUCAGACUUCUGGAGGUCUAUCACUACUCCAUACCCCUGGUGAUAUAUGGGGUUUUCCCCUUGGCAGGAGGGGCUCUGUGUUUUUUGCUGCCUGAGACGUUAAACACAGAACUGAUGGACCACACUGAUCCUCUGGUGGAACACAUAGAAUCAUUUGAAAACAAUACUGGAAACCAACACCUCUCAAAAAAGUUGCAAGUAAAGACUACAAAAUUAUAAAUAUUUAUUUUAAAGGUUGCCAUUUCAGCAUUUUUUUUCC